AUGGCUCAUCAUGAGCUGAAGCUCCUCAGGUCAACUUUUGCGCCAUGGCGACAGGGCUUACACGUCCGCAGGCGACCGCAUUCCCGGUUUAGCUCGACCAAGCCCGGGCAAGGGUUGAAGAACGCAGACGAUCCAGAUUUUGUCUCCAUCGUUGAUGCUCCUCCUAAGCUUGUGUCAACGAGGAAGAGAAACACAAAGCUCGGAAUUGCCAUUCUCGCCGUCAUUCCCUUCACGGCUUUUGUUCUGGGCACCUGGCAGGUCCAACGCCUGGAUUGGAAGACAAAAUUGGUUGCAAGGUUCGAGGAUCGACUUGUUCGACCACCAUUACCACUCCCUCCACGUAUCGAUCCCGAGGUUAUCAAUGAAUUCGAUUAUAGAAGGGUCUAUGCUACAGGAAGGUUGUUACACGAGAAGGAAAUGCUUAUUGGGCCCAGGACGCAAGAUGGGAACGACGGAUAUCUGGUAAUUACACCUUUACAGAGGGAGGGCGCCAGCACAAUUCUGAUCAAUCGCGGAUGGAUCAGUAAAGACAAGAAGUAUCAACAAGAUCGAGAUCCCUCGUCUCUACCACGUGGAGAGGUCACAAUCAAUGGCCUGUUGCGCGAGCCUUGGAAGAAGAAUUAUUUUACCCCGGACAACAAACCAGCCGAUGGAAAGUUCUAUUUUCCGGAUGUUCACGAGAUGGCAGCUCUUUCUGGUGCAGAACCUGUCUGGAUUGAGGAAACCAUGAAACCCAACCUACUCGUCAGUUAUGAUCGAGAGGCAAAAGGUAUACCCAUUGGGAGGGCUGCCGAGGUGAACCUGAGGAACAACCACCUACAAUAUAUCGUUACCUGGUACGUCUUUGAAAUUGCUUUUCUUUCAGUGUCUAUUUCAAGCUCGACAUUGUCUCAUCAUUCAUUAGGUAUUCACUUUCCGCUGCAACCACUCUUAUGA